UGGAAAUUUGUUUUCGUUUGAGAGUUCGCCGCGCCGCACUCGUGUUGAUUUUUUUAACCACAAGUACGAAUCGUUCCGCAGAAUCCGCAAAAUUUCUGCCCACUUAAUUUUCAAUUCAAGUAGCAAUGACUGAUGCGGAGGAACUAAACGGUGUCGACGACGGAUCCGACAAGAAGCAGAAAAAAGUUUCCAAGCAUGACAGCGGGGCAGCGGAUUUGGAAAGAGUUACCGAUUAUGCGGAAGAAAAAGAAAUCACCUCUAAAGGAAUCACAGAUGCCGCAAACAAAUUUGAAUCGAAACGAAAUAAGGAAAAUGAGGAAAAAUUAGCCAAAGAAAGAGAAUUACAAAAAGUUCACGUCAAGAAAGAAGACAUUGAGCUAAUCAUCAAAGAAAUGGAGAUCUCUCGCAGCAAAGCGGAAGAAACGCUUCGGGUACAUCGAGGCGACGUGGUGGCUGCCUUAGAAGCCUUGACUAACUAAAAGGCACUGAACCUUUUCAACAAGUAAAUUAAAACCUUAGUGGAACCUGUGACUUCGACUCGACUACCCAGCCAUUAGGUACGUUUGAAACCAUUUAUAUCAAACAUAUUUGAGUCCUGAAGUGAAAAUUUCAUAAUUUGAAUAAUAAUUUUGAAAUUUG